AAAAGCAAUAUGGCGGCGACCAAGCGGUCUAUCGCGUGCGACCGUGCAACUCGAAUAUUCUAUUAUACACUUGUAUACAAGAAAAAUGUUACGGAUACGUGAAGUGUUUUGUUAUAUAAUCCUUAUUAAUCUUGCAACACGUGAAACAAUAUUCUUCCGACAUGGUAUUGAAAUCAAUUUAGCCUUGUGACUAUGUGAGUUUGUACGACAGUUAUUAGGACUUAUUUUAGCUCGAUUCUAGCCUUUAACGUGUUUACAUGUUUUGACGGAAAAAUUGUCUAAUGUUGUGGCUCAUUCACGGGAUAUAUGACACCUAUAAUAUCUAACACUAUUCUUAGUGAAUAACAUAUCUAACAAUCGAUAUUUCGAAUGCUUAUCGAACGUGUAGAUAUAAUUACGUGGGGCACAUUCUUGAUAUUCACAUAGAACCAGCUGCUUAAAGUUAUAUUACAAAAACGCCAGUAAAAUGAAAGUGGAUCUGUCGACUAAAGCACAAUAGAAAUUCCCUCGGGUCAGAAAAUAAAUAUAUCGCGAAAUAGUAGUUCGGACAUUAGACAGGUACUUAUUCUUCGUGAAAGGUAAAUACGUUAUUCUUUUGAUGGUUCUAAUACGUUAUUACAAAAAGUUUACUUGCAAUGUCUUUGCGAAUUCACGUGGUAGUCGUGGUGUUUUCUUUAAUAAUAAUAAAAAAAAAAGUAUGAACACAGUGAGAAUAAGGUUAAAAAUUGGUCAAAAGGGACGACGCCAGUAUGUGAAUUGGACAAAAGGAUAGCAGGACUCGAAAUUUGAGACCUGAUGAAACGGAUUUGUCUUCGGAUUUCCCACCGGAGAAUGGUUAACUACUAAACAUUAUGUAACUACGGGUAUACACACAGCAUAUAUAUGAAUUAUACAAUAUUCCGUAGUGUGUGGUCGUAUAAGAGCAAAGACAGUUUUUCAAUAGACGGUUAAUAUGCAGAGGAAGUUGGCAAAGCGAUGUAAUAAAUAUAAAUAGAGAGUUUCAGUCGAAGAGCCACAUGGGAGGAAGUGCGCCUGAAUAGCUACUGGUUUGAGUCAAAGACGUUAGUUCAGCAUCCUUUUCUCAGCGCAGUAAGCACUACCGAUGCAAGUGCUGUUUCCGGUAACAGUUGGCAAACUAAUUAAAGCAGACUAUGUCGACGAGCCCUUGGAAAAAGUCGAGAAAGUUGCUGGGCCACUCGUUGGCUUUACUCUAGCUACAGGGUGUCUGGCAUGUUUGGUACACAGCUAGCUUGUGCAGAGGAAGACAAAUUACGAGGAUCCUUCGAAGGCUCAGGAAAUUUAUGAUCAAGGAGACAGCUCAUUAACCAGACAUUAUCUCCAAAAUCGAUUUUCAUUCUACUUCCGGAUGCACUGAUUUCGUUCAAGAGAAUCGCUGGGAGAGGUGUAUGUAAAAGCUAUGUAAAAGCUGGUGAAACCUGCAUCGGAACGGAACGAGAUCAGCUGUCGAGGAAGAAGGAAUAAAAGUGGCUGUCGAGGAACGUUAGAAUAACAUAAAUAGGAACUAUGCUGUUAUCAAUGAAAAUAUACUGGGUCGAUGUCGAGGCUGUGUUAUCAUAAUUGGACCAAAAGAAUAAGCACUUUUUAUAUCAGUUCUAAUGUCUGUCUUUGGUGUAAACGGCGGAUGACGAAUUGAGUCUUUGUAAACUGUAAGGUUCGAGCCACCAAACCCGCCGAAUCGACCCCCAUUUCCAUUCGAUGAUUCGAUUGCGCAUAAUGGGUCUGCUAAACGAUUAUACCUCAGGAAAUUCCCAUUGAGGAAAGCCAAUGGACAAUGAAAGAGUAAGAGAGAGAGAGAGAGAGAGAGAGAGAGAGAGAGAGAGAGGGGUCCACUUGACGAUCCAUACUACGACAAAGAAAACGGCGCUGUUAAGUUGUCGAACGAGGGAGACAAUAUUACCUUGAGAUAUUGGCAGUAUCGCGGUAUAAAGUUCGACAUAUGAAAGAUCGUCAAGUCGGAUGGUAGAAGGGUGACCUGAGAGAAAUAAACAGCCGUUUGAUCGAUCCUCUCACGAGUAUCCCUUAUACGGCCCCAGCAUCCCCUUGGCCGGAGUCCUCGAAGUCCACCCUGGAAGCGACGUACCGAUCGGAGAAGGACGACCAGAGAAACCCUCCACUACCCCACCUCUGUCAUCCCCUCGCGGUGCCUCAGUUACGCUACCCCUAUCGCGCGUGUGUAUCGCCAGUAAGAACUCCUUACCCUGAGCACCAGGAGGAUUUACGACUCUUUACACUUUUUUCGAAUCGCCCCAAUCUUGCCUGCCUUUGGGCUGCUUUCUUUCUUUCUUUCUUUUUUUUUCCAUUUUUUUAUCUUCCCACCUCUCCCGUUGAACUAUCCCUCGUGCGUUUUUUUUUUACUCGUGAUUCAUCUCGAGAGCGAUUCGGUGCUCCUUGAAGAUCGUCGAGAAUCAAGAUUCAGCCCUUGGAGCAUGUGAUUCGAGGAAAUUCAGGAUGGAUCCUUGAUGGGGGAGGGGCUUUUAUUGCUUUCAUGAAUAGCCUGGGACGAUUGCUCGAGAGACUCUUUCAUACGGAUCUUCGAUACGAGCGUAGUUUCUGCGUAGUCGAAUGGUUAUUGCACGUUUGAUGCUCUCAUAAAGUAUUUGUGCAAUUGUCAGGAGGCUAGCAGCGUGGCUCUAUUGAAAUUCGUUUUCCUUGGGAGAAUUCUUAGGGUAUUUUCUUUUUCUUACUUUUCAAUGAUUUCUAUGGUGUAAUGUCAAACGUGAAACAUAAAAAAGUACUCUGACCACGGAACUAUACGAUUCCGCAGAUUGAUAUUGAUCGCCGAUGCUCUUAAUUUUACGUCACGCACGGUAUGUAUUUCGGGGUAUAUAAUAUAUAUAUAUAUAUAUAUACACACACGUAUACGUAUAUACAGUGAAAGUUUUACGCUGACCGGUAUCGCCACAUACCAGCUAUAUUAAACCGCAAGUAUCGAAGCACGUUUCAUCAGUAGUUUACCUACGUGUAUGCUAGUUAAACGUCGAGGUAUUCACGGAGAAACUAGCUGAUAUCGGAGACUAUAAUGGCGAAUUCCGAAAGAAGCGGCGGAGUGCGGAAAUUAGUAAAUUACAGGAAGCUCGUGUAAAAGUGACUACAGGGAGAAUAGGGAGUACACAAUGGAGUAACGAACAGUGCAUAAGGGACGUAGGAUUAAAGGGUUUAGAAUUUACCCGGAGCCGAGCAGUGGGAAUUCUCGCAGCCCAUUUACAUGAGGAUGCGUGCGUCGAGUGUCGCAGCGGAUCUCAUUGACGAAGGACGGCAGAAGGGAGCGGAGAAGGAAAGGAUCAAGGAGUAAGAAAGGACAAGAAGAGAAGGAGGGAUGGAGGGAUGGAGGGAGAGGCAAAGAAUGGCUGCCAAGCGACGAAAGGGAAAAUUGUAGGAAUUCUUGUAGGAAAGAAAUGUGAGAGCAGAGACAUCGGCGUAGAGCCCGCGAGGGGUCGCGGAGACGCAACAGGCCCCUUAUAACAUCACCCUCGACUCUAGGGGCGGUCUCGGGAAAUGCCAGACAAAAAGCUUGAAACGUCCAUUGCAUCGGUCACGUGAUGCUGGGCUUAUAGGAAGAAAAUACGUGAUGCGCUGAUCGAGUUUAGUUCAGAAAUUUCUAAGAUCAUUAAUAAUCGAAUUAGUGAUGGGUGGAGAGAGACUAUGGUGGACAUGGGGAAUGGCAGUACGUGGCACCGCACCAAAUUCAAGUCUGCCGAUUACGUCACUAGGAUCCAAUUGGAAUGGUACAGCGGAACAGGAGGCCGCCAUAAAUCGCACUGAAAAUUCUACCUGGAAUCCAUCAAGUCCCAUUCAUCCAGGUUCCGAACAUGAUCUCGUCGUUAUGAUCGUCAUCGCGACCAUCCUCAGCCUUCUGAUCCUGAUUACCAUCGUCGGAAAUGUAUUCGUGAUAGCCGCCAUUCUGCUCGAGAGGAAUCUUCAGAGCGUAGCAAAUUAUCUGAUCCUUUCGUUAGCGGUUGCCGAUCUACUGGUCGCCUGUCUCGUUAUGCCGCUGGGAGCCGUGUACGAGGUGACCCACGAGUGGGCUUUGGGUCCUGAGCUCUGCGACAUGUGGACAAGCAGUGACGUCCUUUGCUGCACAGCAUCCAUCUUACAUCUCGUGGCUAUUGCUUUGGACAGGUAUUGGGCUGUGACCAACAUCGAUUACAUUCAUCACAGAACUGGACGAAGAAUCGGACUGAUGAUCGCUGUGGUCUGGCUGGUGGCUUUUCUCGUGUGCAUUGCCCCCUUGCUGGGCUGGAAGGAUCAGCAUUGGGAGAUGAGGGUGAUACAGGAGAAGUUUUGUCUCGUCAGUCAAGAUGUUGGAUAUCAGAUAUUCGCCACGAUAUCAUCCUUCUACCUGCCUCUCUUCGUCAUCUUGAUCCUUUACUGGAGGAUAUAUCAAACCGCGAGAAAACGCAUCAGGAGACGAGUGGGACAGCCUGCGAAUGCACCGCAAGGAACUAUGAAGACUAUGGGAGGUGCACCACCGAGACCAAUAGGAAGCAGUCAUGCCGUUGGUGGAGCAUUGGCCCAGGCACAGACUUCCGGUGGAAUUGCUGCGGCAGUAGUCGCUGUAAUAGGACGACCGUUGCCGACGAUAUCCGAAACAACCACGGCCUUCACGACAGUCAGCUCGACCAACACGUCACCGGAGAAGAUGUCCUAUCACAAUGGCCUGGAAGCUGACCCACCGACGUCAGAAGCGUCGCUCAGGCCGCCGGUUUCACGAAGGAAAAAAAUCGCGGCAGAUUCGAAACGCGAGCGAAAAGCCGCCAAGACACUGGCCAUCAUCACCGGUGCGUUUGUCGUCUGCUGGCUUCCGUUUUUCGUCAUUGCAAUUCUACUUCCGGUCUGCAAGACCUGCCAUAUCAGCAACUACUUCGUGGCCUUCUUUCAGUGGCUCGGGUACUUCAAUUCCACCCUGAAUCCUGCGAUCUACACAGUAUUCUCGCCAGAGUUCAGAAACGCUUUCAAGAAGCUUCUAUGCAGACGACGAAGAAGCGUGGGAAGAAGAAUGGGGGUGCGCCAUUACAUGUAGGAGUGGGUUUAGGGUGGAAGGUUACGUUUAUUGUAUUGUCCCAGGAUUUCAUAUAUGGAAUAUAAAAGUUGCGACUGCGAAUAAUCGGCUACUCGUAGGAAUUAAUUAUUUCUUAAUUAUUUAUUAUCGAUACACGAUUAUUCCUACGUCCAAUAUAUUUCAUGUGUGAGAUCGUACCAGGCUGGUGACGACAUUUUUUCUAACUCGUGUUAGAAACUAGUAGCUUCCCACCCUUCCUCGUUAUCUUCCUUUGAGGUGUCCCGAAGGAAUUUAACGGGGCUGCUUUGCACCAAGCGUCGUUAACCCUUCGUAAUUGACUUUACCUCGGGUGCAUGGGAAAUCUUGUAUCAAUUUCCUCUGGAUUAUCGAAUCCAAUCACUCUUACAAUUUCCACGGCGGUGAGCUCGCGAAAACGGAUGCUAAACGGCUUCGAUCACGAAACGUUACCUUCGGAUAUCGCUGGAAAAUUGUACUGGCAGCGAGUGCAGCUAUUGGGCCCUGCACUCUCCUGGCCCGUCUGCGCGUUGCUUCCGUUACGGAAAUUCACUCGACUGACGUUUAGUAUACUCCGUAGAACUUAGCAGGAACGCGUAGGAUACCUAAUGGAGCCAUUAUGUAAUACGUGUAUCGUAUCUUCUCCACUUUUUCUAAUCUUUUGAAAAAUCCUUGUCUGUAAAUAAGUAAUGCUCUCGAAACGUAAAUUACGAUAAAUUGUCUUACUACUCUUCAUACCGUGUAGCUUUAAGGCUCUUCGUCUCGUGUUUUUGCGAAAUGUAAAAAUGUGUACAGGUGAUGCAAGAGAAAUUUGAACGAACGAUGAGUGACUCGUGGUAAUGGGGAAUACACGUGUUUUUUCCUUUGGUAUACGAUGAAUGUAUUUUUUUUUCUUUUUUUUUUUCUUUUUCCUUUAGAAUCCUAUUUAUUAUUCUCCGCAAUAUCGCACGGGACGAAUAUUCGAUUCGCGAAAAUUUCUUUCAGGGAGAAUGUAAAAUUUUCGUUAAAAAAAACUCAGUCUCGGGCAGAUGUGUAUGUGUAGAUUCUCUCGCAAUUGAAUUUUGUCAAUUUUUCGAUAACGAAAGAUUUUCGAUUCGUCACGCGUGACAUUUUUAUUCGAUACAAUUUUUUCCAGCGUCGUCCCUCUUCUUCGCUGAAAUUUCGUAUGUGAAAAACACAGUUUUUGGCAAUAAAAAAAAAGACCGCGACGCGAACCUUUGAUCCUGUAUAACAAUUAUCACAACACUGCCAACGCACAGUUAUACCUAUAACAGCUGCGAACGACGUAAAAACCACGGAUCAUCGGUACAACAAUAUCGAAUAGAGAAAUAAGGGUUACGAAGCUUUCAAUCGAAUAACGUAGCGCGCGUUUACCAUUUCGUAGUGGGUAAACGAAAACGAAGUAAAAUUAAAUGAACGCGACAUCGCAAAUCGUCUGACAAGAUUUAAUCAGCGAAUAACCAAAGCUAUCCGACGCAGUGCGAAAAAAUUGACUAAGCAGAACCGUCGCUACGGCAUUUUCUGGCAUAAAAAUGAAGGCUUAACUUUCCUGCCAAAUAUUUCAUUUCCAAUCCGGAUAUCUUGAACUUUUAAUUAUUCCGCCAAACGUUGAUAAAUGGCCCGGGUGAAAUUGUCCGAACUUAAGAAGAAAAAAAAGACGGACAGAGCGAGAGCGCAAUGGUGAGAAGUAGAGAAAAUGGAAGUAGACAGGUACAAUGAGAGAGAAAAUAACAAAAAAAAAAAAGAUAAUCCCAUCCAUACAGUGAGAAUACCUCAGAAGCUCUCUUGGACUUGAUGGACUAUCUUGUUUGCCUACAACGCAAAAGCAUCUUGCCCAUAGUUCCCUUACAGGAACAGAGACGCUAGUUUCGAAGGGAUGUCUGAAAAGUUUAAUUAAGGAAUUUCUCAAGAUUCCUGGGAAAAGCUUUUCAAAAAAAAAAAAAAUAAAAAAAAAAAAAAAGACGAAUUCGAUCUCACAAACCCUCUCGCUGCUUCUCGUUUUCCACCCCCUGACUUAUUUGCACUAUUUCGCAAAAUGCCACUCCCGCGCCGCUUCGCUCUGCGAAUUCUGCCUUUCGUCCAAUUUUACUUGACCUCUCGGACAUUUUUCAAACUCGAAACUAAUGCUUCGCCGUUAACGUUAAAAUAUCGAGACACCGCUCAGUGCCAAUGCAAUUACAGUGCAUCUUCCGUUCUCGGUUGCACCGGUGCAAAAAAGCAGCAACAAAGGCAUUAAACGAAUGACCCGUUGGUAACUAUUGUUUCUCCUCCUUUCCCCUCUCUUCUCUUCCUCACGAUCGGCAAAUCCACAUCGCGGUUUACCAACGCCAGAUUAUUUAUCGUGAUGCGCGCCUACCGUCCCGUCGAUUCCUGGCUCGGUUCUUUCAUUCUUCCCUUUCACAUCCAUUCCUUUCAUCGAGAAAACCAUUCGAGCCUCCCGGAGCUUAUCGGCUUUCCGAGGCCUCCGCGGGAAGACCACGGGAUAAGAUAACAAAGGAAGAGGGUGAGUUUUUCGCGAACGGAUAUCCUCGGUAUCGUUUUCCAGCGCGAGCCACGUGAAUGACGUUAAUUGAAAAUAAAAUGAGAGCCGGCCCGUUUCGCGGGGAGGAAGGGGGCAGGGGAAGGAGGUACGUUGCCACAAAACCAUCGAAAUAUUAUAUUUCGCUUGGCAUAAUGUAUCGAGGUCGCAAUUUCCGGUCUGACGACCCCUCAAAGUAUAUCCCCGGGACUUGCCGAAUAUUCUCCAGCUGUCUAUGUACAUACACACGCCGCCGUAUCUAUACGUACAUAAUAUAAAAUUUAUACAAGAGCUAACCCUCAAAAUAUUCGGCAAUAUAUAAUUCACUUACGAUUUCUAUAUUUCCUAUCGAUCAAUCUCAAUCGAUAGACGUCCGUUUCGAAGUCCCUUCCGAACAAUCGAUUUCUUCCACCCUCCGUCCUACUGGCGAAAUAAUACAUCAAAAAAAAACUUUCGUACAUGAACAAACAACAAUAACCUUGUUAUCGUCGAGUUAACGUAUACUGAAAAACACGUGUAAUCCGUAUACCUAUCGUAUCCAUGUACAUAGUAUAUUAUGUAAUAUAUACAUAUAUAUGAUAUAUAAAAUACUGUAAGAUAUAUUGAUAUUACAAAUGUAUAGGAUUUUUCGAAACUUAUCAAAUUUUCCGAUAAAUGACCAUCGACCGAAUAUACAUAUAGUUAUACUCGUUGAUCAUGCACUUUCAAUGUUUUACGAAUAAGAGAAUUUAUUAAUUAAAAUUAACGAGCCUGACGCGACAUUCUUAAUAUGUAGCCGUGACAUGGCGGGAGGAGAGAAACAAGUAUUUUCAUUUAUCGUAAAUGCCUUGUGAAAACGACUCGAGUCCUGAGGCAUCGUACGUACCUAGGUUAUUAUUGUAAGAAAAAUAUAUAUAUAUUAACGGGCUACGAGUAUAUAUAUAUAUAUAUAUGUGUGUACAAAAUAAUAAUUAAUUAAAUGUACCAACAGCUAAUCUUCGAACUGUCAUUCGGUAAAUGCGCAACAUCAACGCUACUUUAGUCAGACUAAAAAUAGUGGGUGGAAAAAAUGCAUUGAUGCAAGCGGACCAAACCCGCACUGUGUGUGUGUGUGUGUGUGUGUGUGUGUAUCUAAGGGAUGAAAAUAAGAGAUCAUUGUAAAAAUACCUUUAUAUUAUUAUUCUAAGAAUCUCCAGGUAUGUAAAAACAUGGUUUAUUAAUUUAAGGACCAAGUCAUUCAAUUUCGUUGUUACACUCAAAUGUCCUAUGUGAUAGGAACUGGAAAUAGUAUUUUCGAAUUUCGACUGUAUUAACGUUAAUGGAUAUAGUAAUGAUAGGACGAUCAAAUGAUCCGCGUGCCGUUUCCUUGCCUAUUGUAAUUUCAUGUAUAUUUAUAAAUAAUAAUAAUAAACGGCACGUGUCACUUGAAGAUCGAAUGAACGAUGCGACAAGGAGAUGGGAAGAUGCUGAUGAUACGUUUUCAAUCAACACUCAAAUUCUACAUAUAGAUAUCGAUCACUGUGACAAGAGAUUUUUCAAGAAGGGACACAUCGAUUGUCAAUGAUAAAAGAAUAAAUUAACGAUUGUUAAAGGAUUAUUCAAAAAGCACAAUUCGAUUGGAAAACAAAAUGUUAUCACACUAUACAAAUGGCAAUAAGAGAAUCGAUGAAACUUGACUAGAGAUUAGAAUACGUUUUUAGGUUCGCGUACGCUUAUUUCCUGCCUUAUCGACGUGUUAGAUAAAAAUAUGUAAGGAAAACGGAAAAGAAAAAACCGAAACGAAUCGUUAAACGAGAGGCUGAGAUAUCGUUUUUUUUUUUUUAGCAUCAACGUAUUUCACAGAUGCUGUACCAAAGUCUUAUGAUUUCGAUAAUUGUUUUUCGUGGCGAAUCGUUGCGUCGGGCUUUACGAAUUUGAUCGCGGGUUUAGGUGCGUCUGGAUUUGGAAAAUGUAUUUUUUAAAAAAAGACAAUGUAGGGGGGGAGAGAAGGACCCUAUCGCGUUUAUCAUUACGGUAUUUUUCGCCUCGAUUCUCUGAGUGUCACGUGGUAAGAUGAAUUUUAGGUUCGACGAUGACUCCAAGUGCGACUCUGGCUGGCGUGAUGACGAUUAGCUUAAUUAACCAGCGAGAAAAUUAUUGUGAGGUACAAUCAGUUCGUUAAUGAUAAUUCAGGCAUUGUUGGGCUUACGAAAUAAGUCCAUUUCGUGAGAACGAUCGGAGACAGGAAGAGAGCGAUAGAGUAAUGUGAGGAAUGACGCGAUGGAUGAUAAUAAAGGGAAAAAAAAACAUAUGCUGAAUGUGAGGGGAGGAGCGACGGGGGAACCGACGAUAAGACAUUCCAAUAAGAUAUGCUCUCGUAUCACGGUGGCAAGUUUAAUACGCUUAUGGUAGAACUGUGUUAUUAGAGAGUAAUAAGAAAAGUGAAAACAAAAGAGAGAAACCUUAUUCGAGGAAUAGUUGAUUAGUUAAGAGUAUGGAAAAAAAAAAAAAAAAAAA